UCAGUUUCUCGAGGCUGUGUACUAAGCCUACGACUCAUUUGCGGACCUCAGUGUAAUUUUAUAAAACAUUAGUUUUCAGACAGCAGUAAAAUGAAGCAUAAUAGUGCUGUUAGAAGCAUCCUGUUUAUUCUGUUUAUGAACGGACUAAUAUGUGAUUGUUUUGAAGGAGAAAACGAAAUUCCAGAAACAUGCUCACAGGAUGAAACUAAAGAGAUUGAUCUUUGUAAAGAAAACUAUGAAAGACUGGCAAAGAAACUUGCUCCAAGAAAAGAAAACUUAAAUGUUUCAGAAAGAAAGGCAUUUUGCUCUGCUCUAGCAGACUUGAGAAAUUGCUUACAGAAGAAGAGAGUAAAAAAGACAGUAUCCUGCUUGUCUGAAGAUGGUAUCACAAAAGGGACCCAAGGGGAAAUGGAGAAUUUCAACAUGAAAUGUUCAUCUGUAAAACUUUCAGUUUCUUGUUUUUUUGUGCUUGGAACAAUUGUGAUAACUUUAUUUUUUUAUAAACGUUGAAGUUUGAUGCUGUUGAAAAUUAUGUUGGACAAUUUUUAAAUAGAAAUGAAAAACAUUUUUUCAAUAACUUUAUGGUGCUGUUUCAUGAAAAGAAAAUCCCUUUUUUCACUUGUUCAUCUCUUUUUUUAGAUACUUAAAAGAUACUUUAUUGUAACAGUAUCUAAUGGAAAGUGUAAUUCACAUUUCACAAUGUUCAAUCCCAUGUGUAUUUUGCUAUGUUGUGUUUUAAUGUCAAAGUUUGUAAGUCAACUGUUAUUUUAAAAAGCUAUAUAUGUCAACAGAAAUCUCAGAGCUUGAAAAGCAUCAUCUGUUAUAAUAAGUAAUUUAUUUGCUCACUGAAAAAAUAUUUAGCUAGUGAUGAAAAAUUCUUUGCUUAUAGUUCGUUUCAUCAAAGAUGACGAUGUGUUUCUUGGCAUGUUUGAGAUAAUUUUAAAAAUAUCAUUAACUAGUAGUGAGCACAAAUUUAAUUAUACUUUGAAUCUCUAAAGAAAUUUUCAAAUCUUAAAUGCUUUUAAAUUGCAUGUGGAAAGAAGUAUAUAAAGGAUUUUAUGGUAAUAAAUAACACAAAAAUCAUAAUAUUUUCAUUUGUGCAAAAGUGACUUUCAAAACUUACAAUUGGAUAUUAUAUCUGAUUUUUGUACUAGAACUAAUAAUUAUUCUAAUUUAAAAUAUUUGGUAGUUUGCACAUUCAUGACUUAUGAAAAAUCCAUAAGUUGAUUUGUUUUAUUAUACAACAUUUUUGGUGUAGUAAGAUUUUCCAACAUAAAUUGGUUGUUAGGGAAACCUGUUGAGCAACUGACUAGAUAAUUCAUGAAAAUUUAGUCCUAUGAUAUAAGUAUUUGCUUAUUUCUAGUUUUUUGGUUAAAGAAGUGCAGCAUUUUAUUGUGGUUCUGAAUAAAAUAAAAGCAGUCAUACUUAACGCAUCCAUCGUUAAUAGGCAUAAUGUUGUGACUCUAUCUGGUAAUUUUUAUUAUAUAACAAAUAAAAAUAAAGGAUUGGAAGAUACAGGGUGGCCCAAAAUUAUCUUUCCUAUUUAAUAAUUAAAUAACUAAGAAAGUACAACCAUGCAGUUUUCAACAUCUUUUAGAUCAACUCAAACAUUAUUUGCUGUCGUGCUUUUUUUUUCACUCCAGUGAAAAAGCUCAUUAUAAUUUGAUUGGUCGUGGUGGACCAAUUCCAUGGCCUUCGCAUUCACCAGACAUCACUCCACUAGACUUCUUUCUUUGGGGGUAUGUUAAGGGCAUUAUGUAUCACACACCUAUAGCAAACAUCACAGAGCUAAAGGCCAGGAUAAUGGAUGCCAUCGCCACUGUAACUGUGAACAUGUUGCAGUGAACGUGGACUGAAAUCAAAUAUUGGUUAAAUGUGCUGAUAGCCACUAAUAAUGCACACGUAGAAGUCUACUUAGAUGUCAAUAAAAAGUGUUUGAGUUUGGCUACAAGAUGUUGAAAAGUGUAUGGUUGUAAUUUGUUAGUUAGUUAAUUAUUAAAUUUUAAAAUAGGAGAGAAAAUUUUUAAUCAACCUGUAUAUGAAACACUUUAAUACAUUUAUAUUCUUGUUGGUUUGAAUUUAAAGGUAAAUAACUUCUUUUUUUUUACAAUAGGCUACGUAUUGAAUGCAUGUUUGUUAGUUUAUGAUAAAGAAAAUGUUUUAAUUUGCAUUUUUUGCUUGCUGUGAUUCAACAGUACACUGAAAUGUGGCUAAAAGUAGGUGAUGUCUAAGACAUUGCAUUUCCAGUAAUGUUAUAAAAAUCAUGAUUUAAUGUUUUAUACAUACAUGUAUCCUUUCUUUUAUGGUAAAAUUGUUGUUCCAAUUAUCUUUAUUUUUUUCUUUAUACUUCAAGUAAAAUAAAAAUUUGCUAGAGUUUGACUAGUCAACCAGUCAGAUCUUGACUGAAUCUCUUUUAGUAAGAAAACGUUUUUAUUUCUUUGUCAUUUUGUUUUUGAUAGCAAAUAAAACUAAUCAGUUUUUGGUUAGACAAUCAGUUAGAUCUUAAUAAGUUGUUAUACAGGUUAUAAAAAAAUAAAAUCUUGGGUAGUCAGCCAAUUAAAUCAUGACUAGGAUAUUGUAUGAAUUUUUUUUUCCUAUCUUUUUCCCUGUUGUUUGGCCUAUGGUUCAGGGUGCUUGACUCAUAUUGGGUCCUGGGAUCAAAACCCUGAGGUGAACAUUCUCUCCUUUCAAGCAUGGGGGCAUUGUAAUAUAACAAUCAUUCCCACUGUUCAUUGGUAAAGGAGUAACCCAAAAGUUGGCAGUGGGUGCUGCUGACCAAUUACCUUUUCUCUGGUCAGCAGUUCAAAUUGAGGGAUGACAGCACACAACCUUGAUUACUCUGCCAUAAAACAAACAAAACUCUUCGUGGUUUAAAAAUAAAUGCAAGAAAUAUGAAAACUGGAUGAUCAAGAAACUAGAUCUCAUCAGCUUUUUGUAUUUUUGUAUGCUAUUUACCAUUUUAUUAUAUUGAAAAAAUAAACACUUUUUAUUAUAUAUAUAUAUAUAUAGAGGGAUUUUCCAUACCAAUAACAUGAUGGCAGAAAAUGAACCAAAUAUGUGGGGUGUAGUUUGCUAAGUUUGCAGAUCAAGUUGAUCAAAUUUGAAUUUAAAAGACUUGUAAAAGUGUGUCAUAGAUCAAGAAAUUUGCUGAAAUAUCAGAAUUGGUAAAAUCAAAGGUCUAUUGAGCAAUACAGAACAAGCUUCUUUUGCAUUAUUUUGUGACAAACUAUAGCCUCCAUCUUGAAAUUAAAUUACGAAUUUUCUACAAAAACUUUACUUAAUCUGUGCUUUAAAUAUAGUGUUUUAAAUGUGUGUAUAUUUUUUAUAAAACUAACUAUUUAGAUAAUAUUUUAAUAUGGCUGAAAUUUGAUAGUUAUGAAAUUAUAAGUUCAAUAUUUUUAUGUAAUAAUCAUCAAAAUGAAUACUAGCCUCAACUAGUAAUGAACACUUUUUUAUUGAACCAGCUAUUUGUAUGAAUAAAUUUCUAUAAAAGACAACCGUAUUAGAGAACCUUCUGAUAAUUUACCAUUCUAUACAUUGUUGUUACAUCAUUCCAGUUUUAUAACUCAGUUCUAAUGUAUAAGAGGUUUAAAUUUUAUUACCUUAUUAUUUUUUCUGUAACUUUGUGUAAUGAAUAAUUAUACGUAUUUACUCUGUCUUUUCAAUGUGUUGAGUCUGGUAAACUGCAGGGAGAACCAUAUUUUUGUUGUAUUUAUGUUUUAGAGGCCUAAGAUAUAUAUUCUGCAUAAUGUAUUCCUUAUAAAUUAGUUAUCACUGUUACCGAAUCAGUGCAUUCAAAUCUUCAAAUUGUGGUGUUCCAAAUAACGUACUUGCUAUUUAAAACAUUCUGAUGACUUGUGUAUUUAUCUAUAUGACCUGUAUCUGCUAUUAUACAUGACUAGUGAGAUUUUUCAAAAUCUUUCAAUAAAAACUAUCAUUUAUA